AUGUCUUCCAAUGGACAGGCCUGUGAUGUGAGCUGCCCUGCGCCAUACGCCAAUGCCUGGAGUCAGCCCUGUGUCACCUCCUGCGGGGACUCCCGUGCCGUGGUCUACCCACCGCCUGUGGCUAUCGUCUUCCCGGGCCCCAUCCUCAGCUCCUGCCCUCAGGAGAGCUUCGUGGGCACCUCAGCCCCACUGGAGAUAGGCAGCUCCUUUGGCUAUGGGAGCUCCUUGGAUGCCCAGAGCUCCUUCGGGUCUGGUGCCUACCUGGGUGGCAGGUCCUCCUACCCCUGCUACUCCCGCAACUGUGGGAUACACUGCCCUGCUUAG